CGGCAGCAGCGUUGGGUGCAAGAUGGCGGCGCUGCGUCGCUUGGUGCCUGUGGCCGGGUCCGGAGUCAGGCUCCGGGGGCUGGUGCGAGGCUCGGCCCUGCAUUUCCUGGUCACGACGGCCGAUAAAGGUCCGAACCAGAGCCCGAAUCACGGGCCGGGCUGGCGGUGCUGCGGCGCGGUGUGUCUGCAGCGGGCGGCCGUCUUGUCGCGGGAAAUGAACGCGAUGGAGCGCGCGUUCGCGCGGCAGCUGGAACAGGUAGAACUGGAGAAAAGUCUGUACUCUGAUCACGAGCUCCGAGUCUUUGAAGAUGAAGAAAAACUUCGCCGGAGGCAGGCAGAUGAUUACGAUUCGGAUGAAGAAGAGGAUGUAGGCCAAGAUAUUGUGACUGCCCAAGAUCUGGAAGAUAUGUGGGAACAGAAGUUCCGACAAUUUAGACCUGCUGAGAGAAUACAAGAAGCUGACAAGAAGAGUGACAGAUCUACAUUGAAUAGGCGACUAGAUGAGAAACUGAUAUUACUGGUAAAAGAAAAAGUGGGAGAUGAAGAGAUCUGGUUGCUGCCACAGAGUGAAUGGAAGCCGGGGGAAACCAUGAGACAGACUGCAGAACGUGCCCUGUCUACACUAUCUGGAAAUGAAUUGCACGCUGUUUUUCUGGGCAAUGCUCCAGCUGGCUUCUAUAAAUACAAGUAUCCUAAGGCCUUGCGAAAUUCCAGCAUUGUAGGGGCCAAAGUGUUUUUCUUUAAAGCCUUGCUGAUGAAUGGAGACCUCAAGACAAGAAGGAAGGGUGACUAUGUAUGGGUAACUAAGAGUGAACUGAAGGACUAUCUCAAACCAAAAUAUUUGCUGCAAGUUAAUCGCUUCAUCUUUGACACCUCAACAAUAUAUGAGUAAAAGUUUAUUUUGUUAUAAUGAAAUCAUUGUAAAAAUUAAAUUAUACGAUGAAUUUAA